AUGAAAGAAACCUCGCAUCUUUUCUCGAAAUAUUAAUUAGAAUACAUACAAAAAAUAGGUGAAGGAGCUUUUGGGAAGGUAUAUAAAGCAUUCGACUAAACCACCAAAAAAGUAGUUGCUGUUAAAGUAAUCUCUGCCAUUUAAUAAAGGUUUUAAACACUGAUGAAGAAUAGGAAUUGCUCUCAUCAUUGAAUCAUAAUCACAUCGUCAAACACAUUAGAGGGUAUUUAUUUAAGUUCUGAUGGUAUAGAUCAACUCAGUUAUUAGUGAUGGAAUACAUGGAAGGUGGCUCAUUAAAGAAUUAUAUGGUUGAAAAUCCAAAUUUGAAUGAAGAACAAUGUAUAUAGAUUAUGAAAUCGAUACUCUCAGGGUUAACUUAUUUGCAUCAGCACAAUGUCAUUCAUAGAGACAUCAAACCUGGUUAUUCAUUUAGUAUAUAUCUCGUUUAGAUAAUAUCUUACUAACCAAAGACCUUGUACCAAAAAUAGCCGAUUUUGGUCUCAGCAUCUAAUUUGAGAAUUUUGAUUACUCUACUUGUAAAUGUGGGACCUUGCUCUACAUGGCUCCGGAAAUCCUGUAAAGCAAACUCUAUUCUAAGGUAUCAUUUAUACCUAAUUAAAUCAGCCAGUUGAUGUUUGGGCGACUGGAAUCAUUAUGUAUUAACUACUGCAAGGGGUUCAUCCCUUCUACAAACAGGAUUCAACAAAGCAACAAUACCUCCAAACCAUCCUAGAGAAACCUUUACAUUUUAAAAAGCCAAUCUCCCCAUAGGCUAAGGAUUUACUGAUUCGUCUAUUGAAAAUCGAUAUUUCUGAUCGUUAUACUGCCGGUCAAGCCUUACAACAUCCUUGGCUGACUAAGUAAGACAGUUUGCCAUUAAGUCUUUUUGAAUAAUUUAAAUUGUUUGAUUGCAAAAACAAAUUCAUCAAUGUAAUUAUAUCAACAAGAUUAUUUAGAUCAUAAAAUUAUUAAUCUUUAUUCAACAAUUAAAGAUACCCAAGUUCUCAUAUGGAUACAUUUUAGGUCAAUAAGGGUUUCAUAUUAAAUAAGUUCAAUACAUUGUUGGUUAAAUUGGGUCAAUACAGUCUCCACUCAAAAUCGAAUCUCCUACCAUAUCAAGUUCCACUACUUUAAAAAAGGUAGGCAAAAUCGACUAUUCUGAAGACAACACGCCAAUUAGUCUUCAAAAUGCUACAUUCUAUUAAAAAAAUAAAAAAUUGCAAGUAAUUACUAUCCCUAUUAUUUAGAAAUUAUCCAAUUUUUAUGAAUAAGCCUACAAAUCUAAUGAAAACUCUCUUGCUUAAUUAAGUCCUCAGAAACCCAAAAGAAGUACAAUGAACUUUUCCCAAGCCUCUCGGGAGUAUGCAGAAAUAAUGCUAGGAUACUCUGCGAUAAAGGAAAAAAGAAAACCCUCUCAAAUAAAGUUGGAACCCUUGGAUAGAAGAGCGAAAAGAACAUCUUCUGUUGUGGUAAUUUCCUAUAAACAAUGA